AUGUCGGCUUGCGAUCCCACUCUGCCUGGCCCUCUUGUGCCCAGAUUCAAAGCUGCGGCAGACAAUGUGCCCAACUCUCCCAAAAUCGAGAAGCUGAUCCAAUCGCUUCAUCUACUAAAGCAUCCCGAAGGCGGCUGGUUCGCCGAGACCGACCGCGACCCUCUUCGCAUCCCCAACCCUUUUCUCACCAAGAAACAACAAGACCACGGUGGCUCCCUGGUGGAAUACACCGCAAAAGCCGAUGGCGAUGACGCCACCAGGUCGGCGAUGACGACCAUUUUCUAUCUGCUGACUCCCAACAGCCCCCAGGGACGCUUUCAUAGAAACAAGGGCCGGACGGUGCAUACCUUGCACAAGGGUCGCGGACGAUACGUCCUCAUUCGGACGGACAAGGCCAAGGCUGGAGAGAAAGCCCCGAUCGAGACCUUUGUCGUCGGGCAUAAUAUUGACAAGGGAGAGAGACUUCAAUGGAUCGUUGAUGGGGAUAUAUACAAGGCGAGCUAUCUUUUGCCAGAUAGUGACGAUUCUGGUGAGAGCGAGGAGGGACUGUUGAUAAGCGAGACGGUGGUGCCGGGCUUUGAGUUCACUGACCACAACUUUAUGCCGGCCGAUCUCCUCCCUGAACUGGUCCAGCCAGAGCAGUCUGAGGAGCUGAAAUGGCUGCAAUCGAGGUAG